ACUACAACAUUGGAGAAUCAGACAAAAGCUUUGAAUCUGACUCCAGAUAUGGGCAGUGGAAGUAUUAAAAAAGCAGGAAAUGGGAAAAGUAGAAGUGGCAGAUGGAGUUUAUGGUUAGCAGAAAAUGAAAGCAAGAGAUGGGGGGAGUUUUUUUUUCUUUUUUACACACCUUUUUGGCUCACUCUUUGCCUUGGUAUUGUUGUCCCUUACAAGCUUUAUGAGGAUUUUAAGGAAUUGGAAUACUUGCUUCUAGGACUCGUUUCUGUGGUCCCUGCCUUUCUUAUACCAGUUUUUGUAGUUGGAAAGGCCGAUCGUAGUCUUCCCUGGAAGGACCGGUAUUGGGUGAAGGCAAGUUUAUGGAUAGUUAUCUUUAGCUAUGUUGGGAAUUACUUUUGGACUCAUUAUUUUUUCACAGUGCUUGGUGCUUCCUACACCUUCCCCUCAUGGAAAAUGAAUAACGUUCCCCACACAACCUUUCUAUUGACGAAUGUUUGCUUCUUGUUUUACCAUGUGACAUCAAAUCUAACACUUCGUAGACUACAACAUUCUGUUGCUCAUUUGCCAGUGAAAACACAAUGGAUUAUUAAAUCUGCAUGGAUUCUAGCUCUUUCAUACUUUAUUGCCUUCCUCGAGACCGUGGCUAUUUCAAAUUUCCCUUAUUAUUCAUUUGUGGACCGGAGUUUAAUGUAUAAAGUUGGUUCUUUGUUUUAUGCCAUCUACUUUCUUGUAAGCUUCCCGAUGUUUUUAAGAAUCGACGAGAAAGUGGGGGAUCUGUGGGACUUACCAAGAGUAGCUGUUGAUUCCUUGGGGGCAGCUAUGCUCGUCACCAUAAUCCUGGACUUGUGGCGCCUUUUUUUAGGUCCCAUUGUUCCUGUUCCAGACAUUAAAACAUGUGCUCAACCAGGCCUCCCUUGGUUCCCAGGACACACUGAACUCUAAAUUAACAGUGUCUUUUAUGAUUAAUUUAGAUGCAUUGUUGUACCAUCCGGAUAAGAUGUUAAUUGUUGUUUCACAUUCAUUUAUAGUAGAUUUAGAGCUGGGAUAAUGCAGUUAAGCAAAAGUAUUAUGUA